AUGACCGUGUGGACUUGGCGUUUGACGAGUGUCCGCAACAAGGGGCGUGCACUCCGUGCAUUGUUCAUUCAAAAUUCCUAUUUCCCCUGUCACGUCGUACGCCUUACUCUAUGCAACGUGCUUAAUGACUAUCGACACGCUCCAUCGGAGGCGACAGCCGGCUUGUUAGCUGCAAACGUUCAUGAAGUAGGCGUGUACACCAUCUGUCGAUGGCUUUUCUCCAAGCCGCGUGUUCAAGAUGUGAUUGUGCUUGAGGACUCGUUACGGGUUCUUGGACAACGGUCUAGGACGAUUCUUCACGAAAUUAGGAACUGGCGGCGUUCUCAUCCUCGCGUUGACCACGAUGUCCGGUUUGAAAUGGAAGCCAACAGCCGGCCAAUGACAAGUUACAUAAAUGCCAAUACUUCUAAGUGCAACUUACAAGCCACAGUCACGCGGCACCCAUUUUUGCGUAAUAACGACUCGAAACACAUUUUGACUUAA